AUGCGAUCAGACCUAGCAACAUUAUGCAGUGUCCUCGCUGUAGCAACGGUUUCAGUAUCGACUGUUUCUGCGGCGUAUGGACCCAUUCGAGAUGUAGCGGUGCGGGCCCUCCCAAACGCUCCUGAUGGAUAUAACCCUACCUAUGUGAGCUGCAGUGAUAAACGUCCAACGGUGCGCAGCGCAGCGGCGCUUUCACCAAACGAAAAAAGUUGGCUAGAAGAGAGAAGGCAGAAAACAAUCGCUGCGAUGAAAGAUUUCUUCGGUCACGUCACUAUUGAUAGCUUCGAAGCGAUAUCAUAUCUUGAAAAAUUUGCCCAAAACGUUUCUGCACUGCCAAAUGUUGCAAUUGCGGUUUCGGGUGGGGGGUACAGAGCUCUGAUGAACGGCGGCGGUGCAUUGAAGGCGUUUGACAGCCGGACAGUCAAUUCCACAAGCCCUGGACGGCUGGGUGGGCUUCUGCAGUCAGCCACCUAUCUCGCUGGUCUUAGCGGCGGUGGAUGGCUUGUUGGAUCGCUCUAUCUUAAUAAUUUCACGACUGUCUCACAGCUUGAGGCCGAUGAGGAAGGUUCAGUGUGGGAGUUUAGCGAGUCUAUAUUUAAAGGACCAAUGGUAAAGGGUAGCAAACCUCUCAACACCAUGGAUUAUUAUCAGCAAAUAAACGACGCAGUGCAAGGGAAGAAAGACGCGGGAUUUGACAUUACACUUACGGAUUAUUGGGGUCGUGCAUUAUCGUACCAGCUCAUCAAUGGGCCCGAGGGUGGACUUAAUUACACGUGGUCCUCGAUUGCUCUCGGCCAGAGUUUUAAAGAUGGAGAUAUGCCGUUCCCGAUCCUUGUUGCGGACGGAAGAAAUCCAGGAGAGUUGUUCAUUGGAGGAAACGCCACGGUAUUCGAAUUUAACCCUUUUGAAUUUGGCACCUUCGACCCAACUGUUUUUGGCUUUGUUCCGUUAGAAUUCCUCGGAUCAAAAUUCGAUGCAGGAUCGUUGCCUCAAUCGGAAUCUUGUGUGCGCGGGUUUGACAAUGCGGGGUAUAUCAUGGGCACCUCGUCAUCCCUCUUCAACCAAUUUUUACUGAACCUUAGCGGCGUUGACAUUCCAACAUUCAUCAAGGACGCGCUGAGAUCUAUUCUCGAGUCGAUCGGAAGAAACAACAACGAUAUUGCGGCAUACGAACCCAAUCCCUUUUAUCAUUACUCUAACAAUACAUCUCCCUUCGCAAAGGAAAAAUCUCUCAAUGUCGUCGAUGGUGGGGAAGAUCUGCAAAAUAUUCCACUGCAUCCUUUGAUCCAACCAGAGCGGCAUGUAGAUGUAAUCUUUGCCGUGGACUCUUCAGCGGAUAAUGAAUUCAACUGGCCAAAUGGUACCGCCCUCGUCGCUACGUAUGAGCGCAGCCUGAAUUCCAAAGUUGCCAACGGCACCGCGUUCCCAGCUAUCCCAGAUGUGAAUACGUUCGUCAAUCUGGGUCUUAACAAGAAGCCCACUUUCUUCGGGUGCAAUAGCUCGAACAUGACGGGACCUUCUCCUCUGGUAGUCUACAUUCCCAAUGCACCUUAUAUAUUUUUCUCGAACGUCUCAACUUUCAACUUGCAAUACAGCACGACUGAGCGGAAUGCGAUCAUCCAGAACGGAUACGACGUCGCCACUAUGGGAAAUGGUACUGUUGACGCCAACUGGCCCACCUGCGUUGGCUGUGCCAUGCUCAGCAGGUCUUUUGAUCGCACCAACACGGAAGUUCCAGAAGCCUGCCGGAAGUGCUUCAACACGUAUUGUUGGGAUGGAAAGACAAAUAGCUCUGUUCCACUAGUCUAUGCCCCGGGAAUUCAGCUCGAACCGUUGAAGAUCGCCAGUAUGGCGGCUGGCAUCACCCCGAGUGUCCCAACUCUCCUUGUCGUUGCUGGUGUGUGGAACUAUAUGUUUUUGCAGUGGUAUCAUUGA